CUACUUUAAAACCAACAAGAGCCGCGGCUCCUCCGAUAAGAAGAGCCGUGCCUGGAGCACAGAGCUAGUGUGUCGAUACGCUAGUCCGAAGCCAAGGCGUGAAGCGUGAACUGCGCGAUAGGCGGCCUCCGAGCGGUGCUAUUGCAGUGAGGCACUCCACGCACACCUGUGAAGCUCUGCUGCUAUCGUUGCGAACGAAACGCCGACGCCGCGGGGACAGUGCAGCCACAGCAGCAGCUUGGCUGUAGUGCAGCAAUAUAACUCGCACCCGCAAACGAUGCAGCAGUGCACACUCACCGAAACCGGAGCCUACCUCACCGCCACAACAAUAAGCGCCGCCUACGUCGCCUCGCUCUACCUCCUCCCGAAACGAAUUCGGACACUGCCCCGGGACCAUCCGCGCCACAUUUAUGGCCGCUUCGCCGCCGUCGCCCUUUCAUCAGUGUUCGCCGUCGCGCUCUACGCGCGCGUCGCGGACCCGCGCUGUCUUGGUGUAGACGGCGUCGCCGCGGCGCUGGGCCUGCGCCUUGAUGGUUCCACACAAGCGGCUUUGAAGGGAGCGGCCUGCGUCGCAAUUUUAUAUCUAGGGACGCUCGCGGAGCGUCUAGUUCUUGGUGCAUUCACGCUCCCGGAAAUCAACCCCCAAGCGUGGCGCAACCUCGUCGUGGGCCCCGUGACCGAGGAGUUGUGUUUUCGCGCCUGCGUGCUGCCCUUACUAAUCGAGGCCGGCAUCACGAGGUGGCGGGCCGUGCGGACGGCUCCUUUAGUUUUUGGCCUCGCGCACGUGCACCACGGCCGGCGGCGCGUGGUCGACGACGGCGUGCCCCUCAGCCACGCUGUCGUCGAAACUACGGUCCAGUUCGCCUACACGUCGCUCUUCGGCGCCUUCGCUUCGUAUGCUUUCUGCCGAACACAUCGCCUGAGCGCGCCCGUCGCCGCUCAUGUGCUGUGCAAUUAUUUGGGAUUACCCGAGUUCGCGUGCCUGCGACCUGGUCCUCUGUACGACUACCGCCUCGCGUUCGGCGUUUUACAUGUCGCGGGCAUCGCGCUCUUCUUCACGCGGUCGGGUUGGCUGCUCUCGUCCGAGAGCGUUUUAUGGGCCUAAGUUUUGCUGUUUGUUAU